AUGAACAACCCCACCGUCCCCGAUCUCGACAAAAUCGGCAUAAAAGCCGAGCCACAGUUGGCAGACCAAUUCCGCAGAGAAGUUGCGCAUCUUCUGGGUCGCACAUCGUUAGGGUUCCCUGGCGCGCAACCUGUAAGUUUCGCUGCACGACAUAUCCUCGAACUGCAAAAGGCAGAUUACUACGUGUGUGAGAAGACGGAUGGGAUCCGCUGCCUUCUUUAUUUUGCCCGUGGGGACCCAGAGUCCGACACACCGGAAAUCCAUUACCUCAUCGACCGCAAGAAUGACUACAGAUAUGUGCCUGGCCUACAUUUCCCACUACCAGACGACGAUACCUUCCAGAGCUUCCAUGUAGAUACGAUUGUGGAUGGGGAGCUAGUUAUCGAUGCUUAUGAAGAUGGCUCGUCACAGUUGAAAUUCUACGUUUUCGAUUGUCUCGUGCUGGACGGGACGAGUCUGAUGCACCGCACGCUCGAUAAACGGCUGGCAUAUUUCAAAGAGAAAGUCCUCAAGCCCUAUAAUACUAUGUACAAGAAAUACCCGUCGGAGAAGCAACAUCGCGCGUUUGCCGUGGAGGACAAAUCAACGCAAUUCAGCUACGGCCUCGAGAUGAUGUUCCGCGAAAUAAUACCCCGGGUGAAGAAGGUCCACGGCAAUGACGGGCUCAUCUUCACCUGUCGCAGCACCCCCUAUAAAAUCGGCACGGAUGAAAACAUUCUCAAAUGGAAGCCACCAGGAGAGAACACAGUCGAUUUUCGCAUGCGUCUACAAUUCCCCAUCGUCGAGCCCGACCCGGCCGACGCCGACGGUGACGGCUCCACGGAGCCCUAUCCAGACUACGACGCCAUCCCCAUCUUCCACCUCUUCGUCGUGCGAAGGGCAAAUGACUACAUACCCUACGGCACCAUGCACGUCACGGAGGAGGAUGGGAAACGCUCAAAGCGAUGCAGAGCGGCUGACGACUCCAUUGUCGAGUGCUACAAGGACGAGCAGCACCGAUGGCGCUUCAUGCGUGUUAUGGAGAGUAUUGAGGAUCGCGUUGGGGAGGAGGAUUUGAUCCGUGCGGCGCCGGCGAUUAAGGUUGCAUGGAAGCGCAGGCAGGCUGAGGCGGACAUGGCGAAGCAUCGGGCUGUGGAAGAGGAGAGGAGGAGGAGGGGUAGUUUGGUACCCGAUGGAGCUGGGGCAAUGGGGUCGGGGAUGAAUGGGAUUGGAACUGGGGCGAAGAGGAAGUUUGAAGAGUGA